CCAACUAGCUCUCGUCCUCACCAGCACCACUAAUCAUGCAAGCCCUCAAGCCCGCCCGCAUCUCCCCUCUCUUGAACAACGCAGGACGCAGCUCGCGCCUCCUCAGCGCUUCCACUGCGAACAAGUCCCCCUCCGGGAUUCUUCGCCCCUCACCCGCCCUCCGUGCGCCCUCCGCCUCCACAUCCUCUCCUACGAACGCCACCGCCCCCUUCGCCUUUCUCCCGAGCAACAGCCUUCCCGCCAAGCCCCGCAAGCGCGGCCUCACCGAGAUCCGCGGGCCGUACUACGCGCCGGUCACCGCGACGUACCUCGACGAGCUGCUGAGCGACUGGGGCGAGUAUGUGGACGGGGUGAAGUUUGCGGGCGGCUCGUUCACGCUGAUGCCGCCGGAGCGGUUGGGCAAGUUGAUCGAGGUGGCGCAUAAGCAUGACUGCUACGUGAGCACGGGAGGCUACAUCGAGCGUGUGUUGUCAGCCUCGGGCGGCGAUCGCUAUGUGAUUACGAAGUAUCUGGAGGCCUGCAAGAACAUGGGCUUCGACGUCCUCGAGCUCUCCUCCGGCUUUCUCUCCAUCCCCACCGAGGACUGGGCCUACCUCGUCGAGCUCACCGCCGCCCAAGGCCUGAAGCCGAAGCCCGAGAUUGGCAUCCAAUGGGGCGCCGGCGGCGACGCCUCCGUCGAGGAGCUCGAAUCCGCAGGGACGCGUGAUCCCAAGUGGCUGAUUGACCGGGCGAAGACGUUCCUUGAUGCCGGGGCUUAUAUGAUCAUGAUCGAGUCCGAGGGCAUAACCGAGAACGUGCGCAACUGGCGGACGGACGUGAUCUCCGCCGUCACCAGUGCGCUCCCGAAGGAGAAGAUCAUGUUCGAGGCCGCGGAUCCCGAGGUCUUCGCCUACCACAUCCAGAAUCAGGGCGCCACCGCGAACCUCUUCAUCGACCACAGCCAGAUCGUGCAGCUCGCGUGCUUGCGCAAGGGGAUCUGGGGAACAGGAGGUACCUUCGCCCGCAUCGUCACCGUGCAGGGCGACGAUUGA